UCCAAUUCAAACAUUUUCAUGCUGUUUCCUUAACCUUAACCAAAACUAAACAGACUUCUAUGGUGAAGACCGCUACUAACUCCAUAACUGAACCUUCAUCAUCAAGUAAUCAUCAUGAACCAAAGUAUAAGGGUGUUCGUAAGCGAAAAUGGGGGAAAUGGGUGUCCGAGAUUCGGCUUCCGAACAGCAGAGAACGUAUUUGGUUAGGUUCGUACGAGUCGCCAGAGAAGGCGGCGCGUGCAUUUGACGCAGCUUUGUUCUGUUUACGAGGUCCCAGUGCUAAACUCAACUUCCCCAAUAACCCACCGGAGAUUAACAUAACUGGACCCGGAGGACGAGCGCUUCAACCACAAGAGAUUCAAGUGAUUGCUGCAAGAUACGCCAACGAAGAGCAAGAGCCGCAGAGAAAUUCAUUGGAUUAUAAUAAUGUGUCAUCAUCGGCUGCGACUUCGCAUUACACGUCGUCAUCAUCAUAUGGGGUGGCGAUGCCGGUGGACGUGGACAGUAGUAAUCAUACUACAAUGGAUUGGUCGUUUUUGAGUAUGUUAGAUAGCAAUGAGCGAGCAGUUGCAUCUGAUUUUGGUCUUUAUUCUGGGCUUGACAUAAGCAUGAAUAUGAACAUGAAUGGAGAUGAACAAUAUCCUCCACCUCCGGAAACACCAACAGCGAUGAUCAAUGAGAACGAGGAAGAUCAUGAGAACGUGUAUUCUCAGUCUUCAUUUCUGUGGAACUUCUAAGUUAUGGAGAUUACUAUUAUUUAUUUAUUAUUAUUAUAAUUUGUAUAGUUAAGUUUAACAGGUCAUCAGGAGAGUUCGGCUAAUUUUUGCUGCUGAUAUCACUGAUUUUUCAUCUCAAUUGUAAGAUAUUGGGUGGAAAUUAUAGGGGCGUCUCAGUUAUAAGAUAUUGGAUGGAAAUUUUAGGGGGAAAAUAUGGCCCAGUUUUUUUGUACUUUGUUGUAUUAAAUCUGGGAAAGAUGUAGAAUUAAUAAAUGGCUUGUUAUUAAUUUAAUAUAAAAAAUUUGGAAUAUGAAGUCCAUGUCAUCUGCCAUGUGUGCAAAAAGGUCUGUGGUGUCCUUUUAUAGGAAGAGCAUUCAAGAACGAAAUUUCAAUGUCUACUAUAAUACGUACGAUACGAAAUCAUCUCACUCUUGUACUUUUGGAGCUAAGAACUGACUGUCUCACCCAAAAUUAUAUUAUUU